AUGGACACGCGCGGCGUAAGUUGGAGCAACGUCGCUGCGGUAUCCACCGCAGCGGUCGCGGUGGCCGCGCUCUACCGCGCGGCCACCGCGUCCAAGACACUCACCGAGCUGGCGCCUCCGCGGCGCGGCGUCGAGGACCUCAUCGGCAACACGCCCGUGAUCAAGAUCAAGUCGCUGUCGAAGGCGACCGGCUGCGAGGUCUACGCCAAAAUGGAGCUCUGCAACCCGGGCGGUAGCGCCAAGGACCGGGUCGCGCUGGGCAUCGUGCGCGCGGCCGAGAGGCAGGGCCUCCUGCGGCCCGGGUUCCCCGACGUGGUCUUCGAGGGCACCUCCGGGUCCACCGGCAUCUCCAUCGCCACGAUCUGCAACGCGCUGGGGUACCGCGCGCACAUCUCGCUCCCGGACGACACCUCCGCCGAGAAGCUGGCGCUGCUGGAAAGCCUGGGCGCGCAGAUCAACAAGGUCCGGCCCGCGGGCAUCGUGGACCCCGAGCAGUACGUGAACGCCGCGCAGCGCGCGUGCAACCAGCUGAACCAGUCGGGCGACGGCUCUCACAGAGGCGUGUUCGCCGACCAGUUCGAGAACGACGCCAACUGGCGCGUCCACUACCAGGGCACCGGGCCCGAGAUCUACCGGCAGCUGGACGGCCGCAUAGACGCCUUCAUCGCCGGGUGCGGCACCGGCGGAACCAUUGCCGGCGUCGCGAGGUUCCUGAAGGAAAAGCUGGGCGGCCGCCUGCGCGUGGUGCUGGCAGAUCCCCAGGGGUCCGGCUUCUACAACCGCGUCAAGUUCGGCGUGAUGUAUGACCGGGUUGAGCAAGAGGGCACGCGGAGACGCCAUCAGGUCGAUACCAUCGUUGAGGGCAUAGGCUUGAACCGCAUCACCCACAACUUCAGCCAGGGGGAGCCGUACAUCGACGACGCCGAACGGGUGACUGACGGCCAGGCCGUCCGCAUGGCCAAGUUUCUGUCGGUGAACGACGGGCUUUUCAUCGGCAGCAGCACGGCCAUCAACGCGGUUGCGGCCGUGAAGGUGGCCGAGAGCCUCCCGCCAGGCUCCCGCAUCGUUAUCAUAGCGUGCGAUAGCGGCUCCAGACACCUCAGCAAGUUCUGGAAGGAAGCGCUGUGUGUGGACAACGAGACUACGCUUAGAGAAGUCCUUGCGGGCUCACAGUAG